AGCCGCAUGCCUCGCCUCGUCACGCCACGGGGAGCGGUGGCGCAGUGGUUAGCGUAUGUUGGUUAUGUGCGUUUGUGUAAAUAGUGCGUACGUGUUUUGUUGUUAAGUUUUGUGCGGCAUUUCUUUGAACCGUGCUCGUUAACAGCACUUGUCCCAACAGUCUGUUGACGGCAAAACGGGGGAUCUUUGUCUUUGUGUGAACUGUGUAUAUGUUUAUUAAUGUCGUGGAUAGCGGCGAUUCGUGAUCGACUUCCAAAAAUAACUGUUCUUGAACCAGUUCUGGGCCUCCCGUAUGUCGACUCAGACUUAAAUGAUAACUGGUGUCUUGUGCCAGCUUUAAGAUGCGCUCGCUAACAGCACUUGCCGCAGCAAUCUUUUUUCGGCUAAAACGGAUGAUCUUUGUCUUUGUGACUUAAAAAAAAGUACAGUUGUUUAGGUAUGCGUGUGUGUGUCAGGGCGUCUGUGUGUCUGUACGUGGACUUGUGUUUAUGUUGUAUGAAGAGCAGCUCGUCUUGAGCGCGCUGCGCUACAAUCACGCGCCUGGUCUCCCCUAGGUAGACUCAGCAUGAAGUUAGUAAACAUCAGCCCCGUAAGAAAAAAACAACACAAAGGCAGACGGGCGUGGUGAUGGCCACAGCACCUUUUUGUGGGCGUUACCGACCUUAAUAGGCGCUCGCUGACAGCAUUUUCUGCCCACCAAUAACCUGCUAAAAGCCUACACGGGGGGAUCUUUGUCAUUUGUUGUUGCGCGUGUGAAGAGGGAGGGGUCGGUUUGCGUGGGUUGAAUUCCAGGUGUGUAAAUGGGCGGGGCUCCGUGGACACUAUUGGCCAAUCACGCUGCGUCACACCUGGCAAGAGACGCGAGUGGCAGCGAGAGACGACGGAAAUAAGCAGAGAGAAACGAGUUUGCCAAAAAAUUCACCAUCGCCACCACCGUCACCACCACCACCACCACCGUCAUCAUCAUUCGCCUCAACCCAGAAGUUCGCGUGCUCCCGGUACAAUCUUGGUGUCCGUUUUCAGCGGGACCGCUACCCAGGUCGUGAUGGCUCCCGGGUGGACGGUAGGGGCUGCCUGCCAAGGCUGACACCGGCCAGUGCCCCCCAACCCCCAUGGUUCUGCGCCGCAAGUACAGCGUGCGGGGGGGCGGUGCGGCGGCGGCGCUCAUAGCCGAGCAUGGCGACCUCUACCGCUCGUACCGCGGCAGCCAGCAGCAGCCGCUGCUCCUCUCGCUGCUGCUCAUCCUCGCCGCCACGUGCCUCGCCCUGCUCGUGCUCACCUUCGCCACCGAGAAGACCCCGGCCAAGCAGGUGAUGUUCCUGGCCACAGUGAGCGCGGGACUGGCCAUCUUCAUGCUGCUGUUGCCGCUGGUCGCGUGCUUCGGGGACUCGCUGCGCCGCUCCGCCCCGCUCCCCUCCGUCGUCGUGUGGGCCCUCAUGAUGGCCGGGGCCUUCCUCUUCAUGUUCAGCAGCGGAGUGGUGGUCUCGGCCUGGGACCAGGUAUGGAUCUUCCUCUACAUCAUCUUCGUGAGCUACACGAUGCUGCCACUGAGGCUCAGGGAGGCGGUGAUCGCUGGAUCGGUGACGUGUCUCUCCCACAUCAUCACGACGGCGAUCUACGUGGGGUUGCGAACCGCGGACCGCGGGAUCCUGGCCCGACAGCUGGUGGCGAACGCGGUGAUCUUUGUGUGCGGGAACCUGGUCGGCGCCUACCACAAGUGGAUGGUGGAGCUGGCGCUGCGGCACACCUACAGCGAGACCUACAACUACGUGUACAGCAAGGCACAGCUUGAGGCUGAGAAGCGCAGACAGGACUGCCUGCUGCUGUCAGUGAUCCCCACCCAUGUGGCGUCGGAGAUGAAGGGAGACAUCUUGCUCAAGUUCCGCGGGCCCCAGACCCCAUGGCGCGAGAAGUCCAACUUCCACAACCUCUACGUGAAGCGGCACAAGGACGUGAGCAUCCUGUACGCAGACAUCGUGGGCUUCACGCAGCUGGCGAGCGUGUGCACAGCGGCGGAGCUCGUGGGCGUCCUCAACGAGCUCUUCGGCCGCUUCGACCUGAUCGCCAAGGAGAACGCAUGCAUGCGGAUCAAGAUCCUGGGGGACUGCUACUACUGCGUGUCGGGGCUGCCCAUGCCGCUGAGAGAGCACGCGCACAACUGCGUGCGCAUGGGCCUCAACAUGUGCCAGGCGAUAUGGCAGGUGCGCGACAACACGGGCGUGGACAUCAACAUGCGCGUGGGCGUCCACUCGGGCAACGUCCUGUGCGGCGUCAUCGGCCUCCGCAAGUGGCAGUACGACGUGUGGUCGCACGACGUCACGCUCGCCAACUACAUGGAGGCCGGAGGACUGCCCGGUCGCGUUCACAUCACGGAGGCGACGCUGGGAUUCCUGGGAGACGCGUUCCCCGUGGAGCCCGGCAACGGUGGGGAGCGCAACGCGUACCUCCGCGAACAUGGCAUCAGCACCUACUUCAUCAUCGACCCCAAGGCUCAGCGGGUGGGCGAGCGCCGCGUCAGCUUUGUGGAGGACGCGAGCUCGCGUGGGCGCACGUCGGUGCGCGUCACCAACUACCUGGGCACGUGGGGCGCAGCCAAACCCUUCGUCCUGCUCGGGCACCGCGAGAGCAUCGUCUCGGAGAGCAAAGACAAGGGGAUUCCGCUCACGCCAGCCAACGGCAACAAGAAGCUCCACAGGGCAAAGUCACAGAAAAUGGUUGAGGACAGAGUUCGGCAGAAAAUGACCCAAGAAAUUGCGGCGAUCAACUCACAGUGGCAUUGCACGCAAACGGAGGAAAUUAACCGCGUCUCGCUGUGGUUUGAUGAAGCGGAACUGGAGAAGAAGUACCGGAACACGGCCCUGCCACAUUUCCCGUUCUACAUCGGUUGCGCCACCCUGGUGUUUGGCAGCGUCUUCGCCGUGCAGAUGCUGCUGUUUCCCAGGACGGUGCCAUUCGGGAUCUCGUGGGGAGUCUCCGCCUUCAUCAUCCUCCUCGUCCUCGCCACGGCCAUCGCGGGGAAGCUGAUGGGCCGUGAUGCGGCGUGGGCGCGGGACGUCACCUCGUUGUCGUCGUGGGGCCUGUGGCUGCGCCUCGUCCUCACCGUCCUCGCCACCGGCACCCUCCUCGUCAUGGCCGUGCUCAACAUGCUGCUGCUGCCCCAGGAUUCCGUGUGCGCACCAGGGUCCAGCAUCACCGCCGAGUGCGGAUACCUUCCAUACGCGGUCUACUGCUGCCUGCUGGGCCUGGUGAGCGUCUGCGUGUUCAUGCGCGUCAACCAGGAGCUCAAGCUCCUGCUGCUGGCGGCCGCCGUGGCGGCGUACGUGGCGAUCCUGCUGCGCACGCACGCGCUCCAGCUCGACGCCUUCACCUGCUCGCUGUACACCGAUGGCGCCAUGGCCGCCAACAGCACCGGUGCGGCCUGGUGCUCGGCGGCGGCAGGGAACGCCACGACGUCGCUCUACCCGAAGGGCAUCUCCGUGCUCAAGGACAUAAAGAUCAUGGGCGUGGUCGCUAUCUUUGUCUUCCUCGUCACCCUCGUCUUCCUCGCCAGACAGAACAACUACUACUGCCGCCUGGACUUCCUGUGGAGAACGAAGUUCGAGAAGGAGAGGGAGGAGCUGGAGAUGAUCGGGAACGUGAACCGCGUGCUGCUGCAGAACGUGCUCCCCGCUCACGUCGCCAACAUCUUCCUCAAGAUGAAGAUGCCCAACGAGUAUCUCUACAACCAAGCGCACGAGGCCGUGUGCGUCCUCUUCGCCUCCAUCCCCGACUUCAAGGAGUUCUACAACGAGACCGACGCCAACAAGGCCGGCCUCGAGUGCCUGCGCCUUCUCAACGAGAUCAUCGCCGACUUCGACGAGCUGCUUUCAAAGCUCAAGUUCAGUGGCGUGGAGAAGAUCAAGACGAUCGGCAGCACGUACAUGGCGGCCGUGGGGCUCAACUUGACGGCGGGACACGACCACGCGCAGAUGAAUGUGCGGGAAGAGGAGGAGCGAGGCAAUGCGCACGUGGGGCUCGCGCUGGAGUUCGUGCUGGCCAUGAUGAGCGCGCUGGAGCAGAACAACCGCCACUCGUUCAACAGCUUCAAGCUGCGUGUCGGAUUGAACCACGGGCCGGUGAUCGCGGGGGUGAUCGGUGCCGAGAAGCCGCAGUACGACAUCUGGGGGAACACGGUGAACGUGGCAAGCCGCAUGGAAAGCACGGGCACCGUGGACCGCAUCCAGGUGACGGGCGAGACGGCCCAGGUGCUCGUGUCGCUCGGCUACUCCUGCGAAAGCCGCGGCAGCAUCAACGUGAAGGGCAAAGGUCGCCUGGAAACGUUCUACGUGAGCAUGGACACUUCGCGAACCCCGGGGUCGCUGCCCGGCUCGGCGGCCCCCCGCAACCUCCUCGGCUUCAAUGGCAAUGGAGCACCCUGAGCGGACAAUGUCCACGGAGGUGCCUCGGUUGGCCCGAAUCCCAGGAUCGGAUCAUUUGAAGGAACCCUUUGUCACUUGCAUGAUGAACUCUGCCCGUACCGUGUAUACGUGCGUUACUCAAUGUGUGCAGAGUCUGGCAAGGGACGGAUGGACGGACGGACGGAUGGGCGGGCGGGCAGG